GAUUUCACUGAUAUAGUUAUAAGGGAAGAAUCGUAAAAAACGAAACCUUUUUUUACCAAAAGUUUUAACUUUUUUAUUUUCUUUUUUUCCGUGUGACAUAUCAAUCAUGGGUUUUAUGGAUUUCUUUCACCGUAUGACGCCCCAAGAGAAGCUGCGUAAAUACAAGCGUACACUAGACAGGACAUCUCGAGACUUGGAACGGGAGCGUAGUAAGCUGAUCGCGCAGGAGAAACGGCUUAUAAUUGAUAUGAAAAAAAUGGCAAAGCAGAGCGAAAUGGACGCUCUUACCAUAAUGGCGCGUGAUUUGGUGCGCACACGGAAAUACAAUCAGAAAAUAUACCGUAUGCGGACUCAACUUCAAGGUAUUACGUUGAAAAUACAGACCAUGAGUUCUACUACUCAAAUGGCCACCGCAAUGAAGGGCGUCUCAAAGGCCAUGAAAUCUAUCAACAAAAAUUUAAAUAUUCCUGAAAUGCAGCGCAUCAUGAGAGAAUUCGAAAAGGAAAAUGACUUAUUAGAUAUGAAAGAUGAAAUGGUCACCGAUGUUAUUGACAAUGUCAUGGAUGAAGAAGACGUCGAGGAGGAAACCGAACAGGAGAUCCAAAAGGUGAUCGAUGAGGUUGGAAUCGAUCUGCGCAAUAUGGGUGUCAAGAAAGGGGACCUGCAAGCCAAACCCACUGAGGAGGAAAUAGAGGAGGACAAAGAACUAGAUGCACGCCUAGCCGCCUUAAAGUCAUCUAUGAAAUAG